AUGACGGUGAUGGUGACAGUGGUGUUGAUGGUGCCAAUAGUGGUGCUGAUGGCGACAGAGGUGAUCAUGGUAGUAGCGGAGGUGAUGACGGUGGUGGCGGUAGUAAUUGUGACUGUGAUGGUGAUGGUGGUGGUCAUGAGUAGUGGCGGAGGUUGUGGGUGGUGUAAUGGUCGAGGUGACAUUGGUGGUAGUAACAGUGGUGAUGAUGUAGGUGGUGGCGAAAAUGUUAGUAGUGGUGGCAGCGAAGGUGUUGGUGAUGGUGGCAGAGGUAAUGGCGGUGAUGGGUAUUGUCUCGGUGGAGGAGGUGGAAGGUCGUAUGGUGGUAUAGGUGGUGACGGUGGUGGUGGUGAGUGGUUAUGGCAGUGGUAG